UGUGCUCUGCUCCUCCAAGCCUUCUCUCCUCUCAGUACAAUGAAGGUCUCUGUGGCUGGCCUCUCUAUCCUCAUGGUCAUGGCAUUCAGCUCUCUGAUAUCCUCUGCACCAAUGGGCUCUGACCCUCCCACCUCCUGCUGCUUCUCCUAUGUCAACCAACAGAUCCACAGAAAAUUUGUGACAGACUAUUAUGAGACCAGCAGCCUGUGUUCCCAGCCAGCUGUGGUGUUCCAGACCAAAAGAGGCCGGCAGGUGUGUGCCAACCCCAGUGAUGCCUGGGUUCAGAGCUAUGUGGAAGACCUGGAGCUGAACUGAGGGGCUCAGGGCCCUUGGAUGAUGACUCUUAAAGGGAAAUGGACCAAGUGGAGGAAUUCCACAGUCAGAUGCAAUAUCCCCAAAUCUAGCCUUCUGGAGAUCCCCUCUCCCCCUAUAAUUUAUUCUUCUCUGUGAGACUUAUUUAUGUAACUUAUUUGGUGGCAUCUUUGGGUACUCGUUCUUGCUGUUUUCACUUCAGUAAGUCAAUUGUUCCCCAUGGGGACCUCUAUUAGCAGCCUGACCUCUCUUCCUAAGAGUCAUUUGGGUCACCUGCUGGAUUCCAUGAAUGUAACACAAAGAUUUCAGAAUAAAAUGUUUUAAAACCAUA